GAAUUCAAAGGAACAUUGUUUAGGCUUCCACUUAGGACUUUAAAAACAGCAAAACAAAGUGAUAUUUCAGAUCAAGUUUUUGAAAUCAAAGAUAUCUUGCAACUAUUUAGUGGUAUUAAAAGUAAUAAAGAGAUGUUAUUUUUAAGGAAUAUAGAAUCGUGCGGCCUGUAUCACAUGAGACAACAAACUAAUCAAUUGAUAUGGGAAGCGCAAAUUGAUAUGUCAAACAAAGAUCGUGGUAUUCGUAAAAGUGUCAUUGAUAUCGCUCAAUUAUAUCAAAUGGAUAUUGAAAUUACAAAUAAUAAACUUAAUAAGAGAGUAUCAGAAAUAUGGCUUUUAUGUACAGGGGGAAUUCAGAGUAAUAUAAAACAAGACUUAAAAGAAUUUUCAGAAAAAAAACGACUUAAGCCAAGAGGAGGGGUUGCAUCCUUGCUUGCUCAAUCUGAUAAAAAAUCAUUUGCUGAAUUAAGGACUGAAUCGUUUCCUAAUCCUCCUGAACUUAAAGGAGAGAUUUACUCAUAUUUGCCUUUAUCAAUAAGUACCAAUCUGGGAGUCCAUUUAAAUGGGAACUUUUCUUUAUCUAGUGCAAGAAGUAAUAUUCUACAGUCUGAAAAUGAUUUCUUACAAGCUGAUUGUGAUGAUGCAAAAUGGAACCGCUAUAUCUUAUAUGAUGUUUUACCCAUUUUACACAAUAAACUACUUGAUGAGAUCGUGAAUCUUGAAGACAUUAGAUACAACAACAAUAGAACUGAUUUUAUUCCACAUACCUUAAAUAAUCUUUGGCCAAUUACAAAAAAUUUAACUAUGGGAUUGUACAAAAGUUACGGAUUAAAUGUUAUUAAAAAGGGUAAUAAUAGAAUUUACUGGACCGAAGCCAACGGUGGUAGAUUUAUAUCAUUAAAAGAAGGCAAAAUUAUUGAAGGAGAAGAAACAAUGAUUGGCGAUAUUUUGGGAGAAUUGGGAGUUUUAAUUUUGAAACUUGACAAGGACAAGCUUGAACAAAUCAAGGAGAUUGCUAAAAGUAAAAGGAGUCUAGGGUUCAAAUAUGAAACAAUCAGUGGAAAAGAAGUUUGCGAUAAAUUGCGAGGAAAAGAUAGUUUUAUAAAUUCAUUUAUACAAAAGAAUAAUGAUAGUUCUGAUAAAAAGAAGGACCCUCACGAAACAAUAUUCUUAUUGCUUCGCUUUAUUCUUAGUAGUAUUGAUGGCUCAUAUAAAAAUCUCGAUAGAUUACCAUUAGUUCCAUUGAGCGAUGAUUCGGUCGGAACGUUUGGCGAAGUCUAUUAUAUAGGGAAACAAAAGCAUAUAAACCUGUUUCCUAAAGUUGGGCCAUCAAAAUUUGUUCGUGUUGAAUUACCGCACGACAUAGAAAAAGUUUUUAAACGGGAUGAUUUUUCUGUAUUAAAUAUUAGACAGUUUGAUUCUGCUGCAACUUUAGAUCUUUUGUCCUUAGAAUUUCCAUACAAAAAUAUUAAGGAAUUGGAUUGGGAUCCUUAUGGCAAAUCUAUACCAAAUGACGAAUGGCUAAAAGAAAUUUGGUCUAAACUUACAUCUAGUAAGACUAUAGAUUUUACAAAACUUUCAAAAUUUCCUCUCUUACCAAUGAUCCAACCUUCCGAGAAGCUCGUUCAACUUGACAUAACAAAUCCGCUUUUAAAUGUUGAACACGGAAGCAAUUUAUAUCCAGUAUUAAAAAAGCUCAAGUUACGGUUCACUAAUAUGAAAUUUCCAGACAACGCUAAUUCAAAUAUCAAACAGUGUGUAUUGCCAUACAAUCCAGUUAAUAUUGUCAAUGCCUUGGAGAGGACUUGCAUUUUAUUGGAUUUGUCUAUGGAACAAUUAUUUAAAACUAGUGAUCUUACAAAUAAGGACUAUGAAAGAUUUAGAACAUAUAUUAAAGAAAAUCAUGAAGCAUUUAAAAGACCGAUUCGAAAUCAAGACUUUAUGAAUGUUCUUCGUUCAUUUCCAAUAUGGCCAGUACAUUCUUGUGAUAAUAAGUUUAUCGAUGCCGGAUCUGGAAUUCUCCUUCCGCACAAUCUUCCAUUUUUUUCCUUUCAGCAAAUUGGUAAUUUUUACAAAUGUGAUGAAUAUGAUUUCCGUACUCUUUUCGGCUUAAGUGUUACUUACAUAGAUGAAGAAAAGUAUAUUAAAGACUAUUUCAUACCUCAACAUAUAAAUACAUUACCAUCCGAAGAUUAUAUUACUUUCUUGCAGAAAAUUUUAUCUUUAGGAAAGAGAGAAAUCGAGCAAUAUUUUGAAUUAUAUCCAUUAAUUCCAAAUAAAUCACUUACAGCUUUGGUAAAGGCUAAUACCUUAUAUGACAAUAAUGUUCCUUUAUUCUGCAGUGUUUUUGAGGACUCCGACAAUUUUUUACCUACAAUAUUUUAUAGUAAUCCAGCUUGUGUGACAGCAUUGAAAAGAAUCGGUCUUAAGUAUCAAGUGAAUUGUAAAACCUUCAUUGAAUGUGCACAAGAGAUUGAGUCACAACUUCAAAAUAACAAAUAUCCAAUGAACAUAAUCAAAUAUCGAGCAAAAUAUGUAAUAGAUUAUUUAUAUGGACAUAUUGAAACUCUAAAUUUCUCAAGUGUUCAAUGGGCAGAAAUUAUGCAAAUAAAGUUCGUCCCAUCAGAAAAAAAUUUUCAAAAUUCAUUAUAUGAAGAUGUGAAAGAAACUUCUGGAUUUGAAAGCUUUGCGGUGCUUUGUUUCCAAAGAUAUAAGGAAGUAUGUUGGACACGAAAGCCUUUAUUUGAUAAAAGUGUUGAACCAAACAGCUCAUUUCUUCUGCGUCGUCCUAAAAUUGGAAAACCAUCUUCGGAAGAUGUUAUUAAUCAUUGGUCUUAUGUUGUUGAUAAAAUUAAAUCAAGAUCUUUAGUUUGGAGAUCUUCAGAGAAUUAUAGUGUUGUUAAGAAAAUAAUCAAAAAAAUUUAUGAAAUAAUGAAUGAAUUUUCCAAAGAAACCCCUGGGUUAAGUAUUGACCCAGAAGAGAAAUUAUUCUUGAAUGGAGAAGAUCCAUUUGAUGAUGAAAAUUGGGUAGCAGGAAGUGAGCUUGUAUUUGGGGUACAAGAGGAUAUUAGAAAGGGAUUAUUACAUAAAGUUAAUGAAUGUUUAAUCCCUUACAAGGAAUUAUUGUUAGUUGCAGGAGCUCUAAAGCUGGAAGAAAUAAUAGAAGAUGAAUUAGAUUUUAACGAAAAACACGAUCAAAAAAGUUUGUUGCUUGAUAGUUUGUUGGAUAGACUUGUAAAAGGCCUUAAUACAAAGCAUCAUGAUGUAAUUUUUAUUGUCGGUGAGAAGGAAUUGAAGUUUGGCGCUAGUCGUUACGUCCUUUCUGCCGCAUCUAAAUAUUUUGAGAAAAUGUUUUGUGGUCACACAGCUGAGUCAAUAGAAAAUCAACAGAUCGAAAUUAGAAUAAACGAUAUUAAUCCGGAUGCUUUUAAAGUAUUCCUUCGAUGGUUGUAUGGACAAUCUUUUGAAACCGCAAAAAAUGCUAUUUUACGCAAACAAACUGAUUUUAACGCAGAACAAGAAGAUUAUGUUUCUUACUAUUUAUCAUUUCUUGUUGAUCUGUUGAAAAUUACAGAUAUGUAUGAAGGUGAACCACUUAAAGAUAUAGUAGAAGUUACGAUUAUAAAGGGUAAAUACAUUAAUGUCAAUAAUGUAUGUGAAAUCCUUGAAUGGGCAAAAGAUUGCAAAGCUUCAAAACUAGCAACUCGCUGUGAAAAGUAUAUAGAAAAAAAUAAACAUAUAAUCGUGGAGAAAAGGUUGGAACUUUGUGAAACUGAAUUGGACGACGAAAGAAGGGAAGAAGAGUCACAAAUGUUAGAGUUAUUAUUAAACAAUUAAUGGUAAUUAACUUUGUGAAAAUUUUAGUUGCAAAUUCUUUUUAAUGUAGUGAAUAUUUGUUUUUUUUUGUUCAUGAGCCACAAUUGUAUAUUCGU